UUUGAAAUUUGAUUAAAUAUCCCAUACGUUCAUAAGAUUUUACUUUUAGUGUUUAGUGUUUACGAAUUACUAAAAAUCGGCAAUUAAUUUGUAUCUUUAAUAAUAUUAUAUUUAAAGUGAUAAUCAGCAUUAUCUAGUAGGAGAAUAAUUAUUGCCGAGGAGUUAAAUUUGUUUUAAUAUUUACGAUGCAAAGAGAAGAAAAGCAAUUAGAAGCUACUCUACAUGGCAUUCUUAACAGAGUAAACGAUCUUAAAAAUGCAAUACAAUCUCUGAUUAAUAAAUUAGAAACAGAAUACGAGACAAUCAAUUGGCCACAAUUCCUUGACAAUUAUGCUAUUUUGUCUGGUCAUUUGACAGGCCUAAGUAAAAUAUUACAAGCAGAAUUGGCUCCAUCACUGAGAUCAGUUGUGGUUCUACCCCUUCAACUAGGCUGUGAAAGAGAUGAAGAGUUGGCUCGACUUUCUGAGGGUCGAGUUCCAGCUUGCACACACGAUUUAGUUCCAGAUCUGUUAAGAACCAAACCAGAACCGCAAGCUGAACAAAGACUACAACAACUUAACCACAAAGCUAGCACAUUGAGUUAUGACACAGCUCAGAAACAAGUGGCUCAGUUUACCAAAGUUAUUAGUCAUGUCUGGGAAAUAAUAUCAAAAGGAAGAGAAGACUGGGAAGGUGAAUCAAUGAGGUCGUCUGGCAUGCAGCCAACACACAUCAUAGCAGAUACACAUGCUCUUGUCACUGCAGUUGGUACUGGUAAGGGCCUCAGACCUGGAUUACCGCCUUGUGUGCCUCAAGGGGUUGGAGCUCCUGGAAUGGGGCCAUCUCGUGGACCAACCCCUCAGAUGGGACCAGCUGCACCAACUAUGCCAAAAGCACCUUCUGCUAUUAAAACCAACAUCAAAGCAGCAAAUCAAAUACAUCCAUAUCAAAGAUAAAAAUAGAAAAAAAAAAACUUUUUUAGUGAACACAGACCAAUGUCUGGCUAUAAAUACAAUUAACAAUUAAAAAAACUUUAAAGUUUGGAAUUGGAGUCAUUCUUAUAUGUAAUAUUCCAUAGGUUUUCUAAUUUUCUACAUCGAGUACAUACUUGCAUUAAAAGCAGGUUUGGAGUCAUUUUUGAUAGAUCGGAUGACAUUCUGAUGAAAUGGCACCAGACAAACCUGGCCUAGAUUGCCAUGGGCACAGAGGGGUCCUUACUUUUAUUAUUAUAAAUAAUAUAAUUAGAUAGAUAUUAUUUAUUAUAUUUUAAAUAAACUUUAUGAGUUUAAUCCUUAA